AUGGAGGAAGAGGAGAAUAAGCACAUAAGCAAGGAACUUGCAAAGAAGCUCAGUGACACUCGUCUGGAUACUGAUUAUUGGAUUUCCCUAAUUACAGAAAAGAUUGGGCUUCGGAGUUCUCACGCAUUACAAUAUUGUGAUUAUGAAGAUUAUACAGAACUAGAAGCCAAAGUCAAAUAUCCCUGGGAGAGAAAGGCUUUGCGGAAACUCUUUAACCUGCCAGAUAGCAGCACGGACUUAGCCGAAACCCAACAAAUUCAUUCAAAAAUGCUGAAAGCAAGAAAUGAACAUGCUGCUGAGAUACUGGAGAAACUGAAAGGGUUAAAUGAUGAAGGAAAGAGUCAAGAUGAUGAAAGUGUCAGACAGACUGAGAAGGAACUGAAGAAAGCCCUGCAGAUCCCUGCUGAACACCUACCGCCCCCUGGGAAAAGAUUCGCUGAUUUCAUAGAUUCCUUCCAGAGGCAAAUAGACCUGAUAGAGGAAUCAUUUUUGCAAAAAACAAAUCUGUCAGAUGAAGACAUCCUAAAGUUGGCAUCUGGGGGGUUAGCACUCGAGGGGAUUUAUAUAACAGAAAACAGGAAGGAUUUGCUUCAAAAACAUGAGAAAUUAAUUUGUGUUCCUCAGGGUUUCAAGCUUUUUGGGCCGGAACAAGAUCCAGUUUUAUGGCAGAGAGAAUUUGAAUCCAUUAAUAAAGAAAAUGAUUUUCAAAAGUCAGUUGAGAAACUUGGAUUAAGUCUCAGUUGUUCCAUCCCAGGUGGGUUUUUGGAUCUUGGUGCUGAAGGCAACACAAACUGCAGUGAGUCACUCAAUGAGCAGAUUUAUGUUUCCGUAAUUAGAUUUAACUGCGUUCCUCUCGCUUCCUGUUACUUCACAAAGGAUCAAAUCAGACUUUCUAAAGAAGCUUUGCAAUGUUUAAAAGAAAUUGAGAGUAAAACUAUUGAAUCUAACACAGACAAAGAAACAAUAACAAAUGACUGUGCAAAUUUUUAUAAGAGGUUUGGGUCACAUGUCAGCUUGGGCCCUAUACAGUUUGGAGGAAUAUUGUGGUGGAAAGCAUUAAGUGAAGGAUUUCAGGCUGCACAGUUGCAGGAAGCCAAGAAAACAAUAUCUGAAGCCCUUGAUGGCUUUGUGGCAGCUACUUACUAUGGGUGGGGAGCAAACCUGGAUGUGGCAAGUUCAAAUGUCCCAGUUUCCAUUUAUAAAUCAAACAUUUCAGAAUUUCUUGAAAAAAUCUUUGUGAUGAAAACUGGAGGUCCUCCAAUAACAGAUUCUCUACAACAAUGGAGGGCGGGUCUUGUAAACAAUAGUAAAACAUGGAGUGUUAUUGACCGAGGUCUCCAGCUGAUGCCCAUAUGGGAAAUUAUUCUGUCCAAUCACAAAGAGGAUUUUAAAGAUUGUCUGACAAUUGCAACAUGUCUUGCUAAUUCAUACAAACUGCUGACUAAUCUCCCCAUAGAGACAUUUUAUGGAGAAUGUCUAUUGUAUGAUAUGGAUAAAAGUAUUAAUGUCUUAGAAGGCAUGAAGUUAUGGGAAGUGGACAAUGCCACAGAGCACCUGAUGGCUCUUCUUCAGUAUAAACAUGCAGUAAAUCAAGCAACAAAUAACUCUAGUUCUUGGGUAGGCCUGUGCCUAUCUGAUGGAGACUUUCAGAAUUUUGUGAUGAAAGUUGUUGAGAAAUAUAAAUCUUCCCCUAAGAAUCCCAUGGUAAAAUUGCUCUUUCGUGAGCUUCUUGAGCCUGACAUUUAUUCUUGUGAAAAUUUUCCAAAUAAGUCAUUUAUUUUAAAGUGGAUCCAUGAUUCAAAAUCAAAUGAAUCUGAGGAUAUUUCUGUUUCUGUAUUUACUGACAAAGUAAAAAAAUCAAAGGAAGAUAUUCUUGGGGUGCUCUGUAUUCAUCAUCCAAAUGCAGAGGAGACACACCAAGCCAGGGUAAGAGCAACAAUACAGAUUAAUCGUGCAUUGUGUUCAUUGCUAAAAUCCAAGAGAGACAAUAAGGAAUUUGAUGCAGAACUUCUGUUGCUUUGUACUGCUAACAAUUCAGGGUUUUGUUUACAGAAUUACGCCUUUAAAGGCAUUUUGGGACUGCACGAUAUAGAACAUAUGGAAGAAUGUAUCCACAUAGCCUAUCGUAAAUAUACACAACUAAGAAAGCAAAGUAAACUGAAGUUCCAGGCCCAUGUAUUGCUUGCUGGUUUGACUAUUGUGGGAAACAGUGAUCACCCAUCAUUCACAGACAAAAUGCAACGUCUUCAUUUUAUGGUUAAAUUCCUGGGCAAUUCACUCUCUGAUAUUAUUACAAAAAGUCUAAAAAAAUACUAUGAAAAUUCAGAUUUCAGUGGUCUGGAAAAAGACCUUGAGGUAUUAAUUUCAUCACAAAACAGAAGCAAUGAUGCAGAAUUAAAUGUAGAACGAGUGUUUCAGGAAUUGGAACAUAUUGGUCAAACUUAUUGCAAAGAAAUAGUUUCUGAAAUGAACCCAGAGCACACAAAUGUGGAUUUCCAGAAUUUACUAAAACAAACUGAUCUUAAAAAAUACUAUCCAAAAAAGCUGAAUAUAUCUGACUUUCAUAGCAUCCGUAACAUUGCUCAUAAUUCUCCUGCGUUCCAAUUUUUGCAAAAAUUGCUAAGUUUUGAUUACCGGGCAAGGUAUUUAGUAUACAGUUAUGAAGAUAAAUCUAGAAAAUUACCCACAACCCCAGUGAAUUUUACAGAGACACCAACCAAAGAGAAUGUUACUGACUCAGGCGAGACUAGUUUUGACAAUUUUUUAAAACUCACUGAGGUGCAAUGUAACACACUGAAUACAAACACACACCCUGUCCACCCUAUGGAUCUCCAGAUGGCAGUUUUACACUGCGCUGAUCAUAUAACCAGACAAUUCAUCUACAGAAAACUUUCAUUUUGUCAGUUUGCCCUUCCCCUCUUGGUGCCUGAUCCUCAUACUGGGGAUGUAGAAUUCCCACUCUGGGCAUUCUGUGAUGUACAGAAGAAAUGGCAGAACAAACUUCAGAAGUGUGAAACUCAGAUAAAAAAAUCCAAUGAGAAAUAUAUAAAUGAAGCAGAAAUACCCACUGUAAGUUUCUUUCGGUUUGGUGAAUCCUGCACCUCAAAGUCCCAACUUAUUAACUCUUUGAUGAGUAAGAGAAAACAUGAUAUCUUUUACCAUCGACAGUGUGAAGGCAGCACAAAGACCUCGGUACUAAUGAAAGGUGUUGCAGAGAUUGCCUGGUAUUGUCCGGGGGGGAGGGAUGAUGACAUGUUUGAUGACUGCGUCGCUUUUACAAAUCUCCAUGGGGAUCUACGAGAGCAUGAUAAGCAAGUCAGCUUCUUACUGGGCAUUGCCUCCGUCAUUGUCAUAUUUUUAGCAGAGGCUGAUAUGGAAGAUGCAAAGAGCAGACAAUUUCUACUGAAAUGCUAUCAGUCUACUAAAUGUUUAAUAUGUCUGUUUUCUGACAAAGAACAUAUCUUAUCAGAUGCUGGUAAUAAAUUAAAAAUUGGUAUAAAGAAUAAAAAUGAGGCAGAAUUACUACAAGAACUAAAAAUAACAAUUACAAGCAUGAUAGGGAACACAGAGAGGCCUCGUUCUCUGGAUGACUGUGUGGAUCUUGCAAAAGGAUACGGUAUCACUGUUGAUGUAGAAAGUAAAAUAUGUAAAUCUACAAAACAACAAGCUCAGACUCUAAUGUCUUUGUUAAGAGAGAAAGAAGUUGUAGAAAUAAAGAGAGAAUUUCUUCCAUUACAAGGGGAUCUGUGGCACAAAUGGUGUCAGAAAGACAAAGAGCUCAAUCGCCAUAAAGGAAACAGUAAUGAAAGCAUCGAGCAGCAACGCAGUAACAUUGAGUCAGAGAAGAGUGAAAUUAGGCAGAAUCAGCUACAAAGAGCAUUUCCACUCAAUGUGUUUAUCACAUGUUUUCUAAAAAUAUUACAGUCACACUCAGAUUUUUCAAAAAUGUACUUUCUGCAGUGGUUUAAAAUGCAUUUAGACAAAAUAACUGUAGAGAAUCUCCCACAACUUAACCAGAGAUUUCAUGACUUAUGGUCAGAUAUUCAGAAGAAAAAGAAAGAAGAGAAAGACAAACUGUCAGUGGAAAGGAAAUUGAACAGUCUAUCAAAGCAGAUAAAUGAUUCAACAUUUGGACUUGAACACGUCCUCAGAGAAGUGGGACAGAUCUAUGAGGCUUUAGUAACAGAUUCUAAAGAUGAUAAAGGUUUUCACUUGUUACCAGAAAUUGCUGCCAAUCUCAUGGUCUCUGGGUACCCAGUAGAACUGAUGGAUGGGGAUGCUGCACAUGUGCCUCUGAGAUGGAUAGGAGCUGUUUUAGAUAAACUGGUGGAAAUACUUGGACAUAAGAAGGUUUUUGUUCUUUCCAUUCUUGGAAUACAAAGUACUGGGAAAUCUACUCUGCUUAAUGCCAUGUUUGGCCUGGAGUUUGCAGUAAGUGCAGGUAGAUGCACCCGGGGGGCAUUCAUGCAGCUUGUGAAGGUUGAUGAGAAACUCAGACAAGAGAUGAACUUUGACUUUGUACUUAUAAUAGAUACUGAAGGUUUAAGAGCCAUGGAACUGUCCAAUGAAACAACUUUAAACCAUGACAAUGAGUUGGCUACAUUUGUAAUUGGCCUGGGCAACAUCACACUGAUUAACAUUUAUGGGGAAAAUCCUUCUGAAAUGCAGGACAUUCUACAGAUAGCUGUUCAGGCAUUCCUGAGAAUGAAAUCAGUAAAUCUCAAGCCAGGGUGUCUAUUUGUUCAUCAGAAUGUUGGAGAAAUCACAGCCACAGAGAAAAAUAUGGAGGGACGACGACGACUUCAGGAAAAACUGGAUGAAAUGACACGAAUUGCAGCAGAACAGGAACAUUCAGACAUUACUUGCUUUAAUGAUGUGAUCAAAUUUGAUGUAAACACUCAUAUUUUGUACUUUGCCCACCUCUGGGAAGGUGACCCACCAAUGGCUCCGCCCAAUCCAAGUUACAGCCAGAAUGUGCAAACGCUUAAAAAAAUGAUACUUGAUCAUGGAAAAGCACAAGGCAAUAUUUCAUCAAUUUCAGAUUUCAAGGUUUGUGUAACUGACUUGUGGAAUGCUCUGCUGAAUGAGAACUUUGUUUUCAGCUUCAAGAAUUCUCUUGAGAUUGCAGCCUACAACAAGCUAGAAACACAAUACUGUAAAUGGACAUGGGACAUGAGAGAACAUAUGCUUAAUCUGCAGAACAAACUCAAAAACCAGAUUCUAAACCAUGAACUACAGAGUAUAGAUAGAAUUUCUCUACAUGAGAGUCUUAAAGAGAUCUAUAGCAAAAUUAUGGACAACCUAAAUAAUUUUUUCACUGAUGAGAAAGAGGGCAAUAUACUGAUCCAGUGGAAAGCAAAUACUGAGAUCAGACUUGAAGGAGUUAAAAAUGAUCUCAUAGAAGAGGUUAAGAAAAACUUAGCUGAGCAGAUUCACAUAAAGAAAAGCAAGAGAGAAACUGAACAAAUGAAAGAACAAUAUGAAGUUGAGCUGUUAAGUAAAAGCAGAGAUUUGGCUUUAUGUCUGAAGCAACAAGCAUCAAAUGAAAAUGAGAUAGAAGAACAUUUUCAUAAACUGUGGAGUGAUUGGAUUGAUAAAGUAAAGGCUUCCAGGCCCAUACUUGAUCCACCUAACAUUAAUGUGGACAUAGAAAAUAUCCUUCUAGAUUACUUUAAACAAGAGACAGAUCUGAUCAACAACAUUAGGAGUUCUUAUAAAUGGACCGAUUUCUAUCUGGAGUUUUCUAACUAUAUCCAGACAAAACCAAAGUGGCAUGGAUUACGAUCUGAGAAACUCAAAGAGACUGAAAUAAUUGAAAUAAUACGAGAAACAAAAGAACUAAGAAACAGAAUUAAUAGUUAUAUUGAUAAGAAGGAGAGGGAUGAUAUGGACUAUCAGCGCAGCUACUUUCAUGAAAUCCUGCGCAUCAUAGAGAAGGAACUGAGCACCAGGCUGCACCCAAAAUUCAGGUUCAGGAAGGAAUUCACUGUAUUUGUUUCUCUUUAUUUGUGCAGAAAAGCAGCAGAGAGAUUUACCCACAUUUCUCAUGAAUUUAGAAAACGAAAUGACCCAGUCAGCCAUUUUGAAACAAAAAAGAACCAUUUCUUAAAAAUCUUUAAAAAUUCUUUUGCAGAAAAGGCAUCGAUUGCAUCACUGGCUGAAAUCUUAAGUGAUAAACUGACUGAUUCUAUAAAGGAACAAGUAUAUGCCCAGGCAGCUAUUGGCUUAGCCAGUGAAAUGAAAUGCAACCACCCGGCUCUUAAUGGGAACAGAUCUCAAUUAGAGCUUCACCUCUUGAAGUCUCUGGCUGAAAAGGAAGAUUUCCCAGCAUACACUCAGUAUAUUGAUCAUCCCAAAACUGCAUUUACUGUGUUUUUGCAGGAAACUGUUACUGAAUAUUGUCAAAGGGAUAAUUCAAAGAUUUUUAACAUUUUAAUCAGAAAUCUUGAUAAAUUCAAAUCUCUUAUACAGGGAACUAUUGAGAAAUCAACUGAGGCCGUUACACUCACUGGCGGUGAUAUUGAUUCAUGGGUCGGUACAUUCUGUAAAGAGCUUGUUGGUGACAUUAAAAUUUCACAGAGUGACUUUAAAAGCCUUCAGUACCAGAACAUAACAGAUGUCGGCUUCCUACAAGAGGCAGUUACUGUGGCCCUGGAAACUGGCACUCAGAGCCUAAAGGAGGAAUUUUCUAAGUCUUGUUUAACAAACUUCAGAACGAAGCCCCAUGAAAUAUUAUUUGAGCAGUUUGAUACAUGUUGGCACCAGUGCCCUUUCUGUAAAGCUAUUUGUACUAACACUAUAGCUGGGCAUGAUGGGGACCAUAGUGUCCCGUUUCACCGCCCUCAGGCAUUAGCUGGGUGGCACUUUCAUGAUACAGACCAGUUUGCCACUGACAUCUGCACCACUCAGGUAGUGAGUGAUAAGAAAUUUCGCCGGGAUGCCACCACUGAUGAUCUCUUCCCAUACAACAAUUACAAAGCAGCAGGGCCCCCAUAUUCUGAUUGGUCCAUUACACCAGAUAACUCAGAGCAAUGUUACUGGAAAUGGUUUGUGUGUCGAUUCAAGGAAGAUCUAGAGAAUCAUAAGAAUAAAAAGUUUUCUGGUCUGGGAGCCAUCCCUGAACUGUGGAGUAAAUAUACCAAGGGUGAUGCCAUUGCUGAACUGAAAAUCUAG